AUGACAAAGAAAGGAAAGAACAAUGGUCAUGCCAAAAAGGGCCACGGACAUGUGCAGCCUAUUUACUGCAAGAACUGCGCCCCGUGCAUACCCAAGGAUAAGGCCAUUAAGAAGUUCGUCACUUGGAACACAGUGGAGUCCGCCGCUGUCAGGGACAUUUCCCAAAAGAGUAUCUUCAACGGUUAUGUGUUUCCCAAGCUGUAUGUGAAACUGCACUACUAUGUGAGUUGUGCCAUUCAUAGCAAAGUGGUCAGAAAUCAAUCUCAUGAAGCCGGUAAGGAUCAAACUCCUCCACCCUGA